UAUCCUGCAGCCCUGUGCAUUGCCACGCUGUGUGCAAUUAUUAUUUUCUCGUAAUCAUCUUCCAGCUGCAGCAGGCCAGAGGUAGUAUUACACUUGCAGAAAGAUGUCCAGUGCGAAAAGGAACGGUGGUAAAAGCCGUAGAGUAGGGGACGAUCCAGUACCUGCUGAAAUGGAUCACGAAGAAGAUUUGGAUGAUGGUAGUGACGUGGCUGUAUCUGACGGAGAGGAUGCUGGUGACAGUGGUUCAGAGAUCGAGGCUGUGUUCGAAGGUUUUAUGCCCAAGGAAGGAGACUUUCAUGGCAUCAAGAACUUGCUGAAUCAGUUGCUGACAGGAUGUGAUGUGAAUUUGUCUGAUUUGGCUGAUACUGUCCUGGCACAGCCUGAUGUCUCCAGUGUGUUGAAAGUUGGUGAUGCUGACGAUGAAGUGUUCGGUGUCAUCAGCCCGCUAAGCUUGAAACAACACAGCAAGAAACCAUCUAUCCAAUCUCUCAGGGAGCUGAUCCUGACGAAAUGUGAUGAGUUCGGUAGCGUAGAGACUAAGGCACGACUCGCGGCCGCAUUGGGAGCUAGCGGUAAAAGCAAUGUAGCUCUGCUUGUCAAUGAGAGGAUGAUCAACCUUCCACAGGAAUUGGCGAUCUCCCUGCAUGGAGCACUGCAGGAGGAUUUAAAAGAAGCCGCUAAAGCUGACAGCACAUACAAGUUUGACCAAUUUGUAAUAAUGUGCAAAUCAGUUGAGAGUGCGCUGCGCAGUAGCAAGGGUUCAACUGGCCAGAAAAAGAAGAAGAAAAAGGCUGAUGGUGCAUCGGCGGCAGCAGCAGCCGAGUCCAGUGAUGGAAAUGAACAGAUAUUCAUCAAUCUCGAGGACGAACUGUUUCUCAACCACUGUACUUGUAGCUACUCGUUUCCAUUGUCCGAAAGCACUUGGAUAUCGAGGAAAGGUGGUGUGCGUGAGCGUCCCUCGCGUACUAUAAUGCUCAUGACAUCUGGGCAGCUCCGACAGGCAUGGAAGGAAUUAGAGGGUUUGCUAACAUGACCCAUCUAGCCAUGAUACAGAGAGAUACUUGAUCUCUUGCCCAUGUCCGUGUUCCUUGCGUGUGAGCUGGGCAGUCGCUGACUUCAAACAGUAUCGACACCAGAGAAACUGCAUCGUGCGUCUUACUGAGAACGAUAACUGAACCAAUGGAUAUGUACUAUGUACAAUCAACAAGUUGUUCAGACACUGCAAUCCACGUCUGGCAGGCCGCUUGCCGAGGACCAGCACUUCUGGUUUGCCCCAAGAACUGUUAUGCCAGUUCAAACCGAGACGAGCUCAGCAAGUGCCCAUCAGCAGCCAGAUUGUCCAAUCCUUCAUAUCAUGGGUAGACUUCUUUUUAGACCAGCCUGGGUUUUGGUUUACGUUGACCAUUCAAGUGAAAUUGUUUUUUUUUACUACGACUCCUUUCCAAUGCUGGCACCAAAUUAUCUUGAAGAAUAAUGAAAGUACAGGUACCAGUAAUACAUUUAAUUUAAAUACUGA